AUGCCCAGAUCAAAAACAGAGAUGCUAAGACCCUACACUAUGCUGAAACAGCAGGAAUAUUCAACCCAUUCCGGAAGUGGAAAUGGUGAGAUAGAUGGCUGGGAUCGACUGAUUGUACCCGCUGUUCGACGUGGCCUCAUCUCGAGGCUUACUAUCAUACUAGUUGAAGAGGAAUACGCGUCCUCCGCUUUGGAGCCGUUGGAAUUUCUGCUUUUCCGUGCAUUUUCACGCUGUUGCGUGCUUUUCCGUUUGUUCACUGUGAAAGUCGCUUUCUGGGUCUCUUUGCUGAAGAAGAAAAGGGUUGGGUCGGAAUGGGGGCUAACUUUUUGUUUAUUUGUUUUGUUUAUAUACGAACAAGCUGCAAUGAACACAUUGGAUGGGAUUAUCGACACUGUUUCGGCAGUUCACCCUAAUCUUCCAUUGCUUAUGUUAAUGAAAUCUCAUGGGAAGCUUGUUAUGGUUGGUGCACCAGAAAAACCAGUGGAGUUGCCUGUGUUUACUCUACUUAUGGGAAGGAAGGUAGUGGCUGGAAGUUGCAUAGGAGGGAUGAAAGAGACUCAAGAAAUGUUGGAUUUUGCGGCAAAGCAUAACAUAACACCAGAUAUUGAAGUUGUGUCAAUGGACUAUGUGAACACAGCGCUGGAGCGUCUUCUGAAAUCGGAUGUGAAUUAUGGUUUCGUGCUCGACAUUGGCAAUACAUUGAACAAGAAAUGAGAAUAUUA